AUGUCGUUCGGUCUCCUCAAGGGCAAGGUCGUCGCCGUCACGGGCUGCUCCACAGGCAUCGGCCGUGCAAUCGCCAUCGGCGCCGCUACCAAUGGCGCAAAUCUCGUCCUGCACCACUUCGGCGACCACUCGACACGUUUCGACAUUGCCCAAGUCGAAUCCGCAUGCCACGACCUCGGCGCAAAGACCGUGACCGUCCCAGGUGACAUAUCAGACGCCAAAACAGCCUCAGCCAUCGUCUCCGCCUCCGUCUCUUCCUUCUCCCGCCUCGACAUCCUCAUCUCCAACGCCGGUAUAUGCCCCUUCCACUCCUUCCUCGACCUCCCCCACCCCCUCUGGCACCGCGUCCAAAACGUCAAUCUCAACGGCGCAUUCUACGCCGUCCAAGCCGCCGCCAACCAGAUGGCCUCCCAGUCCCCCAAAGGCGGGUCCAUCGUCGCAGUCAGCAGUAUAUCCGCAUUGAUGGGGGGAGGAGAGCAGUGUCAUUAUACACCCACAAAGGCGGGGGUGAAGAGUCUGAUGGAGAGUUGUGCCAUAGCGCUGGGACCGAUGGGCAUCAGGUGUAAUUCCGUUCUUCCCGGAACAAUUGAAACAAACAUCAACAAACAAGACCUCGCCAACCCUUCCAAACGCGCGGACCAGAUCCGCCGUAUCCCCCUCGGACGUCUCGGCGAGCCUGAAGAUCUCGUCGGUCCUGCAUUGUUUUUUGCGAGUGAUUUGAGCGGGUAUUGUACGGGGGCGAGCGUGCUUGUGGAUGGGGGGAUGGCUAUCUCAUUGCAGUAG